CAAUUGUUUAUAGUUCCAGUGUUUAUUUUUUAAAUUAACGAAUUUAACCAGUAAAAACUCACUUGGGACGUUAUUUAUGUCCCAAAAAGAGUCUACGUACCGUAGGCCCCGAUACUCGAUACCCCAUUAAACCCCGCGACUUGUAUUUCAAGUCUCACAAAAAACGAACCGGAUAAGACCCGAGGGUACGUUAAAAACCCAAAUAUUUCUUAUCGUUUUAAAAUGCCGCGAAGAACGGUCGUUUCUGAGCCCCAAACGGCCCCCCCCACCAGAACCCGUAAGCACAGAUCGGUGAAACAAAGUCAGGGCGAGCUAAAGAAUGGGGAGGUGGUACUGGAUAACGCGUGCAAUAAGUGGAAACUGGGCAAAACUAUCGGGAUCGGGGGUUUCGGGGAGAUAUGCGAGGCCGUCGAGUAUAAAAAGAAAAACGGACCCGAAUAUGUGGCCAAAAUCGAGAAGCACACCAGCGGACCCCUGUUUGUCGAGAUUAAUUGUUACCUGAGGCUCGGCAAGAUUGAUAUGAUCAAUAAGUGGAGGGCCGAUCACCACUUGCCCUUCCUGGGCAUGCCCCACUUCGUAGCCUCCGGUUCGCACCACUCCAAAGAUCAAAAGUACCGCUUCCUCAUCCUCCCUAAAUACCAUAAAGACCUCGAGGCCAUACUGAAAGAAAAGCACACUUUUAACUAUAAAACCGUGCUAGUAAUAGCCUCCCGAAUAAUCGACACUUUGGAGUACAUCCACAGUCAGGGCUACGUGCACUGCGACAUUAAGGCCUCCAACAUUAUGUUGGCCAAACCCUCCUCCUCCUCCUCCUCGAAACCCUGCGGGAAGUAUAAUAAGAAAGGCGGGAGGAAGAGGAGGGGGGUGGUGCGCCACGGGAAAUCGAGUCCCAGGAGGUGCCUCAGGAAAUUGAGGUCGGCCGUAGUACAAAAUGGGAGGACCAAAAGGAACCUGCGCCCGUUGGCGCAGAAGUGUUAUUAUAUUAGGGAGGAUUCGUUCGAGGAUGACCAGGACGAGGAGGAGGAGCAGGAGGAGGAAGAGGAAAAGGAGGAAAGCGUUUUCGAUGGCGAUCCGGUUUAUCUUCUGGACUACGGCCUGGCCAAAAAAUACAUUUUAACCAACGGGGAGCACCGGGAAUUGAGCUCGGACCAGAGGAGGGCACACGCGGGCACCGUUUUGUUCUGCUCCCGGGACGCGCAUAAGGGAAUGGCGUCCCGACGCUCCGACCUCGAGUCACUCGCUUACAACAUGAUUUAUUGGCUCACCGGCUCGUUGCCCUGGAUCGACGACCUCAAGGAACCCGAACUCGUCGAGAAAAUGAAAAAUCGUUCGUUCGCCGACCUGCGCGCCUUUCUCGCCGUUUGUUUCAUGGACUGUCCCCGUUUCAUGGUCGACAUGUUGACUUACAUCAAGCAGCUUCAGUUCAUGGAUAAACCGAAUUACGACUUUGUACGCGCCCUAUUCAAAACCGCCCUCAAAGAAUACGGUUACAAAGACAACGCGAAACUGGACUUCGACAAUCUCGAGGGUGGCGUCCACCCGAACGAGAGCCGGGGGCACGAAACGCGACCCCAUUGUCUACUUAACAGCCCCCUCACCCCCCUCAGCCCCAACGUCAUCUUUAAACGUCCCAAGUUACGGAACAAAAUCAAAGACAAGGUCGACGUCAGCAUGAUGAACUGGUCUAAGAUCCUGGUGAUGGAUCCGGAAACCAUAAUCAAGCAGGCGCCGAAACGUUGUAGCGACGAGGACAAGGGCGGCUUCGCCCUCACCAGGGAGGAACUGGAACGGUUGAACCCCACCCGGCAGAUGCGGGAGGUGUUCAAUAGGGCAGUGAGGCGCGAGGGAGGUACGCCCCCGUACGGGGUUAAGGAAGACUUCGUAAUUAAAAGACCGCGAAGGAAACGAGCGGAAUCGCCCCCUCAUAAAAAUCCCCGGACCGAAGAGCACCCCUUGAAGAAAAUCAAAACUUAUACCCUGAAGAGAACUUAUAGCUUAAGAGGAUAAAAAAUUGAAUUAAUUUAGCCCAUUUUUUUUUGACAUACUUGUCAAAUUUUUGACUGGUGACAGCUGAAUACGUCAUAGGUUCCUUGACAGCCGACGCGACAGCUGUGAACCGAGUAUAACCUCAAAUAAUAAAAUUAGUUGUCAUUUAUAAUAGUGCGUUUCGUUUAUUAUUGUUAGGUUAACUUUUUUUUUAUUGUAAUUAUUAAUAAUUGUGUUUUCUGUGAUUUUUUCCUACUGUAGACUAUAAGCUUUCUUUUAUUUUUAAAUAAAACACUUUAGAAAACUC